GACAGGAAGAAGCGUGGCCGUUGGCUGCGGCGGCCCGGACGGGAGCGGUGGGGCCCGGCGGCCGCCCGCGAUGUCGGGCAGCGGCUGCACCUUCGCGGACCGGAACGUGACCGUGCUGUGCUGCCGCUUCUGCCAGCAGGUGCUGAGCUCGCGGGGGAUGAAAGCCGUGCUGCUGGCCGACACCGACACCGACCUCUACUCCACCGACAUCCCGCCGUCGGGCACCGUUGACUUCAUCGGCAGCUGCUAUUUUACUGAGAUCUGCAAGUGCAAACUGAAGAACAUCGCGUGUCUGAAGUGUGGUAACAUUGUUGGUUAUCAUGUGAUUUCUCCCUGCAAACCUUGCCUGCUGUCCUGUAAUAAUGGCCACUUCUGGAUGUUCUAUAGCCAAGCAGUCUUUGGCAUCAACAGACUAGACUCUUCUGGUGUGAAUGUAUUGCUCUGGGGCAACUUGCCAGAUUUGGAGGAAAACACAGAUGAAGACAUGUCAUGCAUCUCCGAGGAGGAGUAUAUCAGAUAACACUUAUCUACGAUAUGCCGCAGUAUUUCCCCUAGAUACACUGCACUGCUGUUUGUUCUGGACUCUUCUUCCUGCUGGCCCAUCAGAGCUUAAACAAUCGAGGAAGCUAGGAAAUCUGGAGAGCGAUCCCAAAAAAGGAAGUUGGCAUCUGCUUUCAUUGUAGCCUUCCUUAAACUCACCCAUCUCCCUGGUGUGUAUGCAUUAUUCUGACCAGAGGCAUGGCUUGAUGAGAUCUGUAUCUCUAAUACCUUGACCUGCAGACAGCAGGUGCAUUCACACUGAGGUCUAGGUCUGUUUCGCUUUUACACUUAAUUCUCCACAAUUAACGUGUGUUCUUAACUGUAUUUUUCUCCUUUUCUAACACAGUAUUAACAGAGAGGUCUUUCACAUGCUGGAAGCACAGCUUGAAAGCUUAGAAGAAUAGUUGGUUUGGUUGAUGGAGAACGCUCUGAAGGAGCUUUGCUUUUGUAGUCACACAGAGCACUCAGUGCCCAGAGCUUCUGAUCUGAGCAUUCAAGAGCAGCUGAACAAAUGUCUCCAAGUGUAGCAGCUUUGGCUCUAUGUUCUGUCUCUCUUGCUUUUAGCACCUUGUUCUCUAGACAUCUGAGGCAUGUAAGAAAGCUCCUGGAUGUGGACUGGGGAGCUGUCUUACCGAGUUUGCUUGUCAUCAUCUUUCAGUACUUUUAGGAUCAUGUUUCUGCAGGAAUCAAGUUCAGAGUUUUCAAUUUCCUUCCCCCAUACACAACUCAGUGAAACCUAGAUACUGAAAUCUGUUAACGUCCAAUGUAACUUUGGGCCUACAGCAGAAUUUUUGGUAAGAUAACACUGAAAUCCAUCCAAUUCAGCGUUAGGGUUUUUUUUUUGUUUUGUUUUAGGCAUUUCUCUAAAACAGAAUUUAGUCUGUUUCAAGAUAGGAAAAAAAAUAAAGUAUUCAAAGUUUGUGCUUAGCUUCACACCCUGAAGUGUAUAGACAUGCUCAUUCCUCCAAGAAGCAAUAGAUUUAAUUUUCAUUAUGUGAGUUGUUAGUCAUGGUAUUUUAUUUAUUAACUAACCACUGUCCCCUUCAGCUAAUUACUUGAAGGAUUAUCUUUGGAAAAUUCAAGUUACAAUCACAAAAGAGACCUGACUACAUUUUUAAUCUUGGAUUGAUGCUGAAUAAAUCAUUCCAUAACAUCUCAUGAUGCUUUGAAGAGGUACGAUGAAGGCAGAUCUGACUUGUCUCCUGCCUUUACUGCAUUAUAUAUAUUUCUUAAUUAAUGGUGCUACCUCUUCUGCAUUGUAUAAAUGUAUAUUGAUGUGUAUAUAUUCAUGUGCCUAUGUAUAUCUGUAUGUCUUGUUUGGAUUUCCUGUGUUAUGUUUGCUCAUGCAAUAAAAUGUUUGGAUGGUGUA